AUGGCUAAUAAUCCUUUGGCUAGUCGCCGUGAAGCCAGAUUUCAAGAAAUAGAUAACUUAGGACAAAUUAUUCAGGAGCAAGGAAUUGCUCAGCAAAAAGAGACUGAAAUCCAACAGCAAGCCGAAACUUUACAAAAGGCUACUGAGAUAGAGCAACAGUUAAAAGAUAAUUUAGCCCAAGCCCAAGAAAAAUAUCCUGAAUUUAAAGGACAAUCAGUUUUAUUAAAGGAAUUCGAAAAAACUGAUCAAUGGUUGGCAAGGUCAGAAAAAGACCAACCCCAACUCUCUUCUCGUCUAACUAAAUUGCCUGCUCUUUCUGAGGAAGAAACUAAUUUGUUAAGUCAAUUACAAUUAUCUUUGGAACAAUUAUUGGCUAUUUCCGGCCAAACUCCUUAUUUAACCCCCGAAGACCGAGAAGUCAUUAAUCAAAACUUUCUAACUUUCCCUUUAUCCCAAAAAUUAGCCUUAAUUAGUAGUGGUUUGAAUGAAGUAACGGAAGAGCAGAAACAGCACUUAUUAGACUUUGGCUGCAAUAAGUUAAAACUAACUGAGGAACAAGCCGAACAAUUGAAAGAAGUUCAUCCGGAUAGUUUUAAGACCUUUGCACUAACUGGACAACAAAAAAAUAUUUUAAAUAGUUUAGCCCCCUUAACUAGAGAGGAUAAGUAUUCGGAGGAGAGUUUAGCCCUUUUAAAACAAUUAAACCUAAAACCGGCUAACCAAACCUUUUUAGUUCAAGAAGAGAUAAUUCCUGAUCCGCAUACUCAAUUUGGUAAAAGCAAGAGUUCUUAUUUACCUUUAAAAGAAAAAUUUUUACAAGGAGAGCAAAGGAUAAUCCGAGCCAAAGCAGAAACUAGACAAAAGAAACUUGCCGAGAAAAAAAUAAAAGAAAACAAAUUAUCUAUUUUACGUUCUCUAUGGAAAGUGGCUAACAGAGAAAGAUUCGUCUCUUCCCAAAGUUCCAGACAAAGAGAAACCAUCAAAAGUUUAAAUUUAAAAGAGUUAGUUCAAGAACAAAUUAACCAAGCCUUAGGGAAUUGGAGACCAACCAAUCAAGAAGAGGAAAAUUUAUCAGAAACCUCCAUUUCCGAACCAUCUCAGUCGACCAGUUCUCGUUAUGAUGAUUUAUUAACUGGCUUAAACGAUGAAGAAGCCCAAAGAAUGAAAAAGAAACUAGCAAGAGAAGCAGCCCAAAAAAAACUCCAAGAACAAGAAAGAUUAAGAAGAGAAAGCAAGUUAUCCGAAAAAGAUAGAAAACUUAAAGAAGCCGAAGAAAGACGACAACAAGAAAGAGAACUAGCCGAAGCCGAAGAAAAAAAACGAGAAGAAGCUAGAUUAGCCCGUGAAAAAGCCCUCCAAGCCGAACAAGAUGCUUACUUCUCUACCAAAAGCAAAAAUAUCGCUGAACGGAAGAAAGCCAUUGAAGCCACCUUAGAAAAUAAGAAAAAAGAGAAUGAGUUAGAAGAACAGAAAAAGAAAGACCAAAUUGAGAAAAUGGAACAAGAAAAUAAAGAAGAGCAAGAACGAUUAAUCAAACAAUCUCGUUUAAUCGAAGAAGAAAAGCAAAAGAAAUUAGCCGCGAUUGCUUUGGAAGAUGAAGAAGAAAGACAGUUAAUCGAAAAAAAAGCCAAUGAAGAAAAAGCCCGCAUUGAAACUGAAAUCUUGGAAGUUAAACGAAAAAAUGAAGCAGAAUUGAAGAAAAAAGAAAAUCAAUUACUAAAAGAACGAGAAACCCGAGCAGAAGAAAUCCGGAAAAUGGAGGCUGAUAAACUUCUAGCUGAAAAAGCCGAAGUAGAAAACCAAGCCUUAUAUGAGAAAGAAAAAGCCUCUCGGCAAGCCUUAGAAACUCAACGAGCCAAUACUUUAAAAAUUACUGCUGAACGGAUGGAUUCCCAACGACGCAGUGAAGCAUUAAAGGAUAAUAAUGCCGAAACGGCUCUCAGAAGAAGUCAUUUUGAUACUUGUCCGACCGUGGAAGAUGGAUUUAACCGCUAUUCUAGUCUCCAAGUUAACCCGAGUUUAUUCCAAUUUGAUUCGGGUAAAUGGAAUCAGCAGGCUAAUUUAGCGGUUGGUUCAGCCAAUAAAGAAGAAAUUAGUAAGUUAGAAGGUGAAUUACGACAUUAUCAAACUCUUUAUCAGAAGCGGAUGGAAAAAGAUAUAGAUAAUGAAACCAUAAUUAAGGAAAACCAACAAACUAAGGAACUAUUUAGUCAAAAGAUUAAGGACUUAGAAACUAGUUUAAUAAAUUUGGCUAAACAAAAGAUUAAAGGGGGAAAGGAUGCUGAAAAGUUAUUAAGCGAUUUAGAAAAAAAUGAACAACAAAAAGAAACUAUUAGGCAAUUAAGAACUGAUUUAUUUAUUAUUCGGAGAUUAAAACAACAAGAGACAGAAAGGAAAAGUGAUUUAACUAUGGAAUUAGAACAAGUUGAAGAGCAGUUGACUCAACUUCAAGAGAAAAACCAAGAAUUAGAGCAAGAAUUAAAAGAAUACCAAAAUCACACUGAAAAAGAUAAGGAAGAAGCAAAGAGAGAGCCAAUCCAACCCCCUUACCUCUCUCACUUAAUCAACCAACUUAAUCGAGGCAAAAAUUACUUUUCGGUCGUUUCUUAUUUAACCGGUCAGGAAGUAUCCGAAAAAGAAGUCGAAGGGUUAGUCAGUAAUUUAAACUCUCCUUUACCAAAAAUAGAGGCUCCUCAAAUCCAACCUAUUGAACUUAAUCCCAAGAAAAAUAUUGAAGAGGAUGGAGAAAAUAGAGAGGCAACAGAGGAAAAAAAUAAAGAUAUGGAAGUGGAGAGUGAAAAAAGGCUUAAUGAAGUCGGUAGGAUUAUUCGAGAUAAAGAAUAUCCGACAAGGGAAGAUAAGGAGAGGGUAAGGGAGAUUAGAGCUAGUUAUUUUUCUCAACAAUUUUAUAAAAAACUAUUUUUUGGUUCUGGUGAAUUAGAUUUAUCAGAAUUUAUUAAUUUAGAAGAAGUUAAAGCGGAUGAGCAAAAAAUCACUUCUUUAAAUGUUAAAAACUGCUUCAAGUUAAAAAAACUAGAUAUUAGUCGUAAUGAAUUAACCUCUUUGGAUUUAAGUAAUAAUAACCAACUAGUAAUAAGAAAUUACGAUAUUAGUCAAAUUGGCAAUGCCGAAUAUCAUAAGUUUAUGUGUGAAGAGAACCCUGAUUUAUUCCCCGAUACUCAUUCCUUAGACAACCUCUCCAAUAAAAUAAUUGCCCGUAAUCUAAUAAUUGCUAACCGUUUAGCCGAUGGAGUAGAUAAAGAAUAUGAAAACUGGAUAACUAGUUUAGGUAAUCAGGCUGGACAAUGUAUGGCUAUGAACCCUAAAAAAGGCUUCACUAAAACUCACUACCAAGAAGCCGUAAACGAAGCCCUCUCUGGUGAUAAAUCCCUCCUCCAAAAACUAACUGAUUUACCUUAUAUCUCUCAGUGA